GUCUCAACGGAACACAAAACGUGUCGUCUCAGCAAGGACCCACACAUACUAAAGUGAGACGAGCUAGGUAACGGUUACUCCGGUAUUGAAAGUUUUGUUUUUUAUGCCAUGACAUUGUUUUGAUUUUAUACUAUGUAUAUUAAAACAUUUCGCGUAUAAAACGCGGUAUUUAUUGGCCAAGAGCAGCCGACUCCGUUUCUACUAAAGACUGUCCGCUACUCCUCCCCUCGAUGAAGCGCUGCGAUGCCCUCUGAUUUUAUAUCCCUCCUUAGCUCGGAUAUCGACCUAAAUUCCCCCAAAUCUCUAUACUCUAAAGAGUCGGUAUAUGACCUCCUCCCCAAAGAACUCCAGCUCCAGCCGUCGUCCACCCAGGCAGACCCACCCACCAUGAGCCAGAAGAGCGGGGGAGAGGCGGGACCUCCCCCCUCUGCAGCCUUGGCCUCAGAUGCCACCUCUUCCACCUCCAGUCCUUCGGCCUCCUCUUCCCUGUCCAUGGGAGCUCCAUCCAGUGGCCCCUCUACCUCACCCUCAGACCAUCUCACGGUUGCCCAGCAUCUCCACUCUGCCGGAGGGGAUGGAGCUGGAGCUUCAGAGAUGCAAGGUAUGGAGGCUGCGGGAUCUGCCCCCAGCAGAGGCAACAGUGGAGCAAACAACACAGCAGGGGAUGUAGGGUCAGGAGUGUUAUCAGGGCUAGGUGUGCAGCAGCUUCAGAACACCCCAUCAAAACGAAGGCCUGUAUUGAGCAUAUCUCCUCCACCUGAGGACCUGUUUGACGACAGCCAAAUGUCUUGCCAAGAGGAACCUACCAUAUCUGGUGCACCAGGUCCAGACUCAGAGCACAGCAGUAGUAUGUGGGCUGAGGAUUCCGUCUCCAACUUCAGCUUAAUCAGCUCCAUCUCCUACAAUGACAACACAGAGGUGCCACGCAAGUCUAGAAAACGCACCCCUCGUCAGCGGCCCGGCCCCAAGCCAGCUCCUCCAGAGGACAGCAUGGAUGUGUUUGAUGCUGACAGCGCCAAGGCUCCUCAUUAUGUCCUAUCCCAACUGGGCACAGACAAGACCAGCCCUAUGGCCAGCUCUCUUGAGUCAGGGACGGCAGUAAAAGGUGGGUCAUUGUCUGCUCAGUUCCCCCAACGAAGUGAUGGGAAGGAGCUAAAGAUCCUGGUGCAGCCAGAAACCCAGCACAGAGCUCGCUAUCUGACUGAGGGCAGCAGAGGUUCUGUAAAAGAUAGAACACAGCAGGGAUUCCCCACCAUCAAGUUGGAAGGUGUUAGCGAACCAGUCGUGCUUCAGGUGUUUGUAGCAAAUGAUGCAGGCAGGGUGAAGCCUCAUGGUUUCUACCAGGCAUGCAGAGUGACGGGACGCAACACCACUGCCUGCAAGGAGGUGGACAUAGAGGGCACCACGGUUAUAGAGAUUCCUUUGGAGCCCACCAAUGACAUGACGCUUUCGGUGGACUGCGUAGGAAUUUUGAAGCUGCGUAAUGCAGAUGUUGAAGCUCGUAUUGGCGUGGCAGGAUCCAAAAAGAAGAGUACACGUGCUAGGCUGGCCUUCAGAGUCAACAUCCCGCAAUCUGAUGGAUCAGUACUAACUUUACAGGUCCCCUCAUCACCCAUACUCUGCACUCAGCCAGCCGGAGUGCCAGAGAUCCUGAAGAAGAGUCUUCACAGUUGCUCAGUCAGAGGAGGGGAGGAGGUUUUUAUAAUCGGAAAAAACUUCCUCAAAGGAACCAAAGUUAUUUUUCAGGAGAACAAUGCAGAUGAUAACUCUUGGCAAGCUGAGGCAAUGAUUGACAUGGACCUUUUCCAUCAGAAUCAUCUAAUAGUGACAGUCCCUCCGUUCCACAACCAGUCGAUCACUUCUCCUGUGUCUGUGGGAAUCUUUGUGAUGACCAAUGCUGGUAGAUCACAUGAUGCCCAACCCUUCACCUACACUCCUGACUCAGCUGAUAAUUCAGGUGUCCUGAAUAUAAAAACUGAAGGACCCUCUCUCGUCAAGACGUGUAUAUUUGAUGGCCAGAUGAAAUCUAUGUCCUCUGAGCAACCGGACUGCUCUGGCCAACCUUCCAAACGGCAAGAGGACACACCAAUGGAGGUUACAAGCAAUCCACAAACUACAGAUGUCUUCAAACCCUCCCCUGAUCCACUCAUCUCAGUGCAGCAGACACUGGAGCUCAGCUCUAGUCCACAUCCAACUGGAGAGUCCUUUCAGAGCCCAAUGCCCCUACAGCCUGAAGAUGUGGAGCUUUCCCAAGCACCCCCUGUCUUCCCUAGCUUAGACUCUCUUAGCACCAUACAAAAGCAAGACAUUGGCUCCACAAGCUCCUUCCCAGUGUCAGGAGAUACCACAAUCCCCCCAGUAACACCUGACGUCCCACAGCAGUUUCUCAGAGACCCCCAGGAAAGCUUAUCUCCCGAGAGUUCUGAUAAUAGUGGAAGGAUUGUGGUUGUAGCCAUGCCUCAAAUGGCAGCUCCCUCUCAGCCACAGCCUCAGCAAUCACAGGUUACCCUGUUUCCCCAGGAAGGGGUGGCCCUUGAGAGGGCAGUUAGAGAGCUACAGGCUGGAAGUAACCCCACUUUACAGCAGGUGCUGGAGGCAGCUGUAGUCCAGCAACAGCUGAACUCUGUGCUUUAUAGCUCCACACCCUCUGCAGACUCCCUCCAACAGCAUGUCCAGGAGAACAUGAACAGCCUCAGGUUGGGAACCACAGAUAAUUCGCUGUCAGCACAGCAGCAGCUGCAGAUACAACAGCAGCAGCAACAACAAAUACAGCAGCAAUUUCAACAUCAACAACUGCAACAACAGCAAAUCCUUGAGAACCUUCAACAGCAGCAGCAGCAACAAGUCCUCAGCAGCAUGCAGAUCCAACAGCAACUUAUAUUACAGCCCCAAGACCAACAGCAACAUCAGCAACAGCAAAUCAUGGAGAAUAUUCAACAGCAGCAACAACAGCUGCAACAAAAUCAACAGCAAGUCCUGAAUAAUAUUCAGCUUCAGGAUCAGCAACAACAAAAUCAAAUUCUUAGCAAUUUACAACAACAUCAGCUACAGCAGCAGCAACAAAAUCAAGCGUUGAACAGCUUACAACAGCAACAACUGCAAGAGCAGCAGGUCUUAGAGAAUUUGCAGCAGCACUUACAAGCUGAGUUGCUCCAGCCCCAGAUCCACUCUUCUGCCCAAGCGCAGCAGCCAGUUUCCCUCCUGCAACAGGCUGGAGAGCUGCUUACCAUCCAGACCAGCUUCCCAACACAGCCUCCAUCCCACACAUCUCCCCCACAACAACUCUUUCAAUCCCCCAGACCCCUGGCUGAGACCCAGAGCUCCCAACAGCAAGUCCAGGCUGCCUUGCUUCAAAAUACGCUUGAUGUUCUCACAAGUGGCAGCCUCAGCUCAGAGCAGCAGUCCACAGGGUCCACCCUAUACUUGUCCCCAAACCCACAGCCCCAGCAGCAGCUGGCAUUCAUCUCCUCCAUGGAAACAUCCAGCAGCCAGCCUCAACCUGUUGCAUUGUUUCAGAGCCAACCCCAAGGUCAGCUUUCCCAGCUGCAGCAACAGAGCACCCCAAUGGAGCAACAGCAGUCUCAACAGCAGAACCAACCGCAGCCUCAACAGCUUCCAAUGGGCCAGCAAGGCUCCUUAUUCCAAACCAUCCCAAACCACUCGCAGACAAACCCCGUUCCCCAGGCUCAAAUCUCACAGCCCCAACAAACAGGUCUUCUUCUCUGUACCACAGAUCUUAACCCACAGGCUAUUCUCUUCAGCACCCAGACCCAAGGUCCUCCCUCUAUGGGAGGCAUUGGUGUCGGAAUCUCCCAGACAGACUCAGCGGAGCCCAUGUCCUUCCAAGACCAGAGCUCUUCAGGGAGCAAUGCAACAUCUACUGGGAACCAACAGCAGAGCAUAUUCCAGGAACAGCAGCCAAUGCAAGUGACCCCAAGCUCCAGCCAAGUCCCAGGCAGUCAACCUGUGAAGCUGUUCAUACCACAGACAUCCCUGUCCAGCUUGCAGAGCACUGUUGGCUCACAGGAGCUGAACAACCCGGCUCCAGCUCCUACUGCAACCAUCUUUGUGGUCCAGGGUGGUGUGGGUGUGGUUGCCAACCCCGGUCAGCAGCCCCCAGAGCAGCUUUUCCAGACAACAGUGGGUGGCGGUGUAGCGCCACAAGGACAGGCCAACCUGUUUGUUUUUGGCAUCCAGAAUGAGUCAUCCCAGCUGCUCAAUUCUUCUGGACCCCCCCUGCCAGCCCAGAGCCAGGCCCAGAACACAAGUCACAUGCAGCCUCUAUUGGAUCAACCCAUGGCCCAAGCUGCCUCCACCAUGCACAGCAGCUUGCAGAAUGCCCUUCAGGCACAAAUGCAAAGCAGCCUAGAGAACGUAAUGCAGUCUAAUGCACCAACAGUUCUCCAGUCCAGUUUACAGGCAUCCAUUGAAACAAGCCUGCAAACUCCAAUGCAGACCAAUAUACAGACACAGAUACAGAAUCAGUUGCAGGCAUCUAUAUCUGCAACAUCUAGCAUGGAUAAAAUUGAGGACCUACUAGAAAGCCUGCAAAAGCAGUAAAAAAAUAUUUGGACCAUGUGGCACUAAGGGGAGAUGGAGUAAUAUGUAGCUGAAAGUUAUCCUUCCUAAAAAUAAAAAAAAACACAGAAAAGUUGAGUGUUGGUUUUUGUGCCAAUACCACAAAACUUAGAAAAUCUAGAAUAGUUAAGAAUGAAAUCUACUUUUACUCAAAAUCCAAAUUAUAAGUUCACGAAACCUUGUUUUAUAAUAUAUUUAUCAUUAAUUACAGCUUCCAUCCAUUGCUCUUAAAUUGAUUAAUUCACCUCUGUUAUUACUGCUCUUGCGGGAUCAAAGAGGCCUGUAAUAACUGCUUUUAUCUCAUUAGUCUAAAAAAUGCAGUGUUUUAAUAAUGUGGGCCUACGAGAUGGUGACGAUUAAAACCUACCAGGUUUGGUGGAGAAACUGGAAAGGGAUAAAGAAUGUCAGCAAGAGGAAAAACUUGAUGCAGAAUAGUUUGUAAGAGCGGACACAGGAGAUAAGAGUCAGUUAUGGAGUGAAUAUCAGAUUGCACAGAAGUGUCAAAUAGACUGAAUCUCAUUUUGUGAGUGUGUAAACUGUUAGUUUUCAUUUCGCUUUUAGAGGCGGACGCUGUGAGUUUUAUCAUGUGGAGUGACGGUUGAAAGAGGAGAUUCUCUGGCAUUGAAAUCGCUUGAUUUAUGCUUCUUUUGCCAUGGAGAAAUAUUCCCAGUUUUGCAAUUAAUCAAACUUUGUGUUUGCACAUCAACAGCUUCUGCAAAAUCUACUCUAAGAGUACAGAUUACUAAAAUAUAAUUCUUUGUAGAAUAAUGUAGGGAUGUAUAGGAGAAUUGUUUGCAGGUAUGACUGGAGUUGGCGCUUAAAGAGGGAUGGCAGUUUAACAAUGCUAAUAGCUCCACUCCAACAUGCACUAUCAUGAUAAUCAGUUGUUGCAAGAGAUUGCCCCAAAUGCAGAAUGAGGAGAGAAUAUUACACACUCCCAAAUGAGGUUUAGCCUGGUUUAAAAAAAAAAAAAGAAGAAGAGAAAAAUUGACUCGGCCUUUGUUUUAGCAUCUCCCAGUGUUUCACAUUUAGGCUUCAUCGCUGGGUUUGCUGAAGCUUUCUUGGUAAUUUUUUAAAUAGCAUUCAGUUAUGUAUUGUGUGCAUUUUUUUUAUUUUAAAGAAGUUGGUAACCUUUACCAAUUAUAUGUGGAUAGAAAGAAACUUUCCACUUGUGAAAAUGGAGUAUUGCGUGGUUUUAUAAACAUUUUAUCUUAAGCACUUUAAUAACCUUUGUGUAACCUGCUACUCCUUAUAUCCAUCCACAGCUCUGAAUUUGUACUCAGAAACGUCCAAUUAAAAUACAAGAAAAGAAGAAAAGAAAACAAACAGCAGUCGUCUUUGUAAUGUUAAAUACAUCUUAACCGAGCAUUUUUACAUUUUCUCAUGUCAGAAUAUUUUUGAGGUCAAGACUUUGUAUAGAAUGUCAGCGCACUGUUGAAUCCCUGCUUGUAUUCGGUCCCAGUGGUCCAGUCAAGUCUGUCCAAAAUGAGCCAUUCGUCAGUUCUCGGUGUUUGAGUGGUAAGUAGGCAUUUUGUGUUUCAUACGUUGACAAGACAUCUAAAAUACUUAUUUAGUUUGUUCAUUGAUAUGAAGGAUUUUCAUAACUUUUUAUUGUGUACUGGUUCCUGUUCAGUCCGUCACUGGGGACUGUUUUACCUGGUCUUGUUUAUGUUUUAGUCUCAGUGUUGGUAGUGUGUGCAGGUCGGCACCAAAUGAAGUUGGCAUCCAGUACUUGUCCCUUUUUGUUGUGAACAUGGGCUCACUCAUGGGUUAAAUCUGGUACACAAAGGCUGGUGUUUUGAUGCUAUCCGUGGUGCUACGUACAGGAGUGAUGGGGACUUCUGUUUGCGAUGUUAGAACCAACGGAUUUAAACUACCAACAACACUGGCAUUGCUUGUUUGUUUUGCAACUAAGUUGAGUCUGCAGAGCUGGCUGUUUGUUUUGGGGUCAGACUGGAGAGCACCCAGGCAUACCAAAGCUCCUGUUGUGAUUGUCGCCAUUUGUCUUGUACUUGUCCUUGCAAAUACCCUCAUGUUUACUCAUUUGUACUAAAUUAUGCAGCUCUCACAUGGAAAGAAAUUCAACUUGCUGUUUUACAAGAUUUAUAAAAAACUACUUUGUUGCAUGGUUCAGUUUAUCUCAUUAAUAUUUCCACCAAUUUGAUACUUUUUGUUGUUUGAUUUGAAACAGAAUCACACUGCUUUGCUUUCCAUAUCCAACAGUAGCCAAUUAGGCAUUAUCAAAAAGACAAAUUUUUGAGAAGGAAUCAAAUUUAAGAAUAGCGUUGCUCAUGAAUGCAUUUGUUUACAUUUUCACAGUCAUACUCUUGUCCUGCAGCUGUUAGUAAUCCAUUUUAAAGUAACUUAUCUUUUUUAGAAUUUUGUAUCCAUGUAUCGAAAUGUAGAGUAUUUUUGUAAAAAAUAAGCCUUUUGGUUUAUGCUUAUAGCACAGAAAAUAUCAUUUGGUGUCUUUUUUUUUCUUUCUUUCUUUAUUGAGGUGAAGCGUAGGUUUACUGUGAAGUCCAUGGCCGAAAUUUAAAAAUACUAUCUGAGUGGGAUAAUAAUCAGAACUUAAAUAUAUCUAUACGAUAUAGGGAUGGGCAUUCGAUUAAAUUGUGUUAAUUGAUCAUCGGGAAAAUUAACGAUCGAUUUUCAAUUCAUCAUUAAUAUUUUUAUAUUAAAAUUAAGUAUUUAUAGGCUCUAUUAAAAUGCAGUGAAAAUAGAAAAUCAGCAUGUUGAGACCUUUAUUACAAAAUGAACGACUCAUGUGGCAGUUAAACGGGAGUUGAGAAAGAGGAUGAGAGAGAGAUCAGUGUACCUAACAAUAAAUUAGGCUCAUUUAUCAAAUUUCAGGAAAAAAAUAAACCAGUAACUCACAUACAAGUUCAGCACCAGUCUACUGGUUUUUGUUAACAUGCUCUGGGGUGAGACCGAGAGCAGGAUGCGCAGCCACUAACCAGGGUCGGAUGUGCGCUGUUCAAGUUGUACAUCAUUUGCAUCGUGGACGAGUUGUACUUAGACACAGCUUUGCAGUGUUGGCAGUCAUUUUUUAAAUCAAAGUGGCCGUAACCUCUUCAUGAUCAGGCUACUUUUGAAAUACACGGAAACUCGCAGGUAACUGAGCAGGCUUGUGGUAAAGUGUUUAAUUACUGCCACAUUGCAAAAUUAAUUUCAUUCCUUCAAAACUCAAACUACACAACAGAACAUGUAUUAGUUUUAUCAAUUUAAAAAAAAAAGUCAACCAAAUUCUUAAUGAUGAAUUAAUUGAUCUUAAAAUAAUUAUGCCCAUCCCU